AAUUUGCGACGUGUACUUUUCAUUAGGAAGGAGUUGCGUGGAUCAUUCUCGUAGAAAUCGAUGCAGUGUUCAUCUCAGUCUUCAAAGUAGCUACCUAUUUUUAAAUAUGGCGGUUGUUCAAGCCCUAAGUUCGCGAUUACUGUAUUUUGUGCUGCUCAGUGUGGAAGUUUUUAAGGUAUCAACGUUCGUAAAUGCAGCCCCUUCGCGAAAUCUAUGUGAUCUAGGAUCACUGAACUUCGAAGAGGCUGAUUUUGGGAAAACUGGGUUUCCCUAUUUGGUUUUCGAAGCAGCAGACAAACCCAAAAAGUCUCCAUCGCCGGACAUUAAAAUGAAAACCGCAGCUGCCGCCCUCGUAGAAAAAAUGAACGAGUUUUAUGAUUUAUUGGUGGAAUCGGAAUUAAUCGAAGAUAAACAAACGCCUGAAAUCGAAUUCGACGAUAUUAGCAAUUAUUUAGGAACGAGAGAUAUUGGACAAGGUGAAACAGAGACUCAAACUCCUAUGCUAGGAGUGGAAUUAUUGAACUCUACUAAACCACCCAUCCAACCAGCUUCUGGUGAUCAAAAACUUGAAUCCAUCAAGGCAUCUGGUGAGAGCAAAAAAAACACAGAAUUCGUUGAGCCGCCCAGUGAAUCUGAGGCGGAAUACGCCGACGCAGAAUCAGAACUCGAUCCAGAACAGAAAGACACUGGCAACAAAGCGAAACAAGCAGUUAACCGGGUCGUUCAAACAGUCGUCGAGAAUUCAAAACCGGAGAAAAUAAAACAAAACACGCAAAAAGUCGUUCAAACAGUCGUCGAUAAUGCAAAACAAUUCUACGAUGAUAAGAUGAGGAAACCUAUUAACAGCGGCCCAUCACGCGAAGCUAAUUUGAAAGCUGGUGGUGUUAAAGUACAACAAGUCAUUCAGGAGUUCAUCCAACAACACGCUAAGAAAUUCAAUCAAUUCUUAGAGAAUAGGAUAAGAAGGCGGCCGUCCUCGCAAGAUGGCGAUGACGAUGGCGAUGGCGAUGGUGAACCUGAACCUGGAGUAAGACGUGAAGGUGCUGGGGUCAAGGUAAAAAGAAUGUUUGGCAAUGCUGGUAAAAAAAUUAAUCAGUUCUUUAAUGAAAAAAUAAAGAAACCUCUUAGCGAAAAAUUUAAUUUUAGAUUUAGACUCGAUGUCAAUGUUAGACCUAUAUCUGUUAAUACUGCUCCUGCAGAGGAAUAAAAUAUAUGAUAUGUAUUUUACGUAUGUACUUGGAAAAUAAAAGUCUGCGCA